GGCUCUGAAUUAAUAGGCAAUGACAAGACAUUGUCAACUGUAACAUCAAAUAUUGUUUCUGAACCUGAAGAAAUUGAAAAUGAUAUUGUACUUGAUUUUAUAGAACUAAACGAUAGUUCUGGGCCUAUACGUAUUACUUUAAAAGAUGAUGGUUCUACACCUCGUCGGACAAGCUCACUUCCUCAAAACUCGCCGGAUUCUAUACAAGGUCAUAUGUCGUCACCUUAUGAAACAUUAAAUACUGAUGAAAUAUCAAAAUUAUCUCCUAAAACGCUCCCAAUAUCAUCUGAUCAAACUGUACCAACGUUAUCAAGCCCAGUUGCUUCAGCACAAUCGAAGCGGACAUCUACAUGGACAUCUUGGCUUUUCGGAUCUAAUUCAGAUGAGAAAGAAAAAGAAUCAAAAUUCAAAAAACCGAAAGCUGAAAAAGUUCAAAAAGCUGAUGGUGAUAUCAAUGAGUCUGGUACCAAAGAAAAGUCAUCAAAAAUAAUCUCAUCAAUUUUUUCAUGGUCUUCUCAAAGUAGAGGAAAAUCCACUGAUGAACACGGAACUUCUAAUAUACUACUAUCUAAUACUUCAACCUCGUCUCAUAUAUCUGUACUAUCAAACAAAAAACCAAAGUACACAAAUUAUAAUCGUUUUCCUAUUCACGUAGAACGUGCCAUAUAUCGACUUUCUCACAUUAAAUUAGCAAAUCCUCGUCGUCCUUUGCAUGAACAAGUCUUAAUUUCUAACAUGAUGUUUUGGUAUCUUUCACUCAUUAAUAAACAACAAAUUGAAUAUGGAGUUGAAGGAAACCCUAAUGCUGAAAAAGAGGCGCAAAAAGUAAAAAGUAAAGUCGGAAAGUAUAAUGUAGGUCGCAAACGAAGAAAAGGCGAAAAGAAAGGCUCAUCUGAUGCGAGACGGCGUGGUGCUGGUUCAAGUGCAGAAAUAGCAUUUAAAGCACCACAGUAUGAUAUACAGCAAAUUUCACUACAAUAUCUUACACCGCCAAUGUCUCCAACACAAGCAAAUUCACCAUAUACCAUAGACUUAGGCUAUUCAAAAGAAUUUGACGAUUAUGGUGAUUCAAAUCCGGACUAUUCGUAUGGAUAUGUCGAAGACGCUCAUGGUCACCGCAAAUAUUAUCAUUAUGGAGAUGGUUAUAUUUCCGAUGGAACAGAUGGUGGAUAUCUUGAUGAUCAAGAUAGUUCUAAUUUUGGUGUAGAGAGUAGUCACGUAGAAGGUCUAGUUUAUUAUGAUUCAGAAGUGGAGAAUGUUACAGUUGACAAUGUCUUGUCAUUGCCUAUUAAUUCAGAGCCCUCAUUUUGA